AUGGAUGAGUCAAAGAGUGUGUCAACGCCUGUUGGUGCACAUUUCAAAUUGUCUGCCUUAGACGAUGCUGAAGCAGAGACAAGUAUGGAGGAUAUUCCAUAUGCUAAUGCUAUCAGAAGCAUAAUGUAUGCUAUGAUAGGCACAAGGUGUGAUCUGGGAUAUGCAUUGGGGUUGGUUAGUAGGUAUAUUAGUAAGCCUGGGAUGGUUCAUUGGACUGCGGUUAAGUGGGUAUUAAGGUACCUGAAGGGAACACAAGAUCUGAAACUGUGCUUCAGGAAGAAUGAGGUAUUUAAGGUUGAAGGUUUCUGUGAUUCUGAUUUUGCUUCAGAUAUGGACAAGAGAAGGUCGAUCGCAGGUUAUGUUUUCAUGGCUGGUGGUAAUACAAUCAGCUGGAGAUCAAGUCUAAAAAGUGUAGUGGCUCUGUCAACGACUGAAGCAGAGUAUAUGGCGCUGGUUCAAGCGGUCAAAGAAGGAAUGUGGUUAAGGGGCUUAGCGGAGGAGCUUGGAUUCAAGCAAGACACGGUGGAGAUAUCGUGUGACUCUCAAAGUGCAUUGUGUCUAGCCAAGAACACUGUGUAUCAUGAGAGGACUAAGCACAUCAACAGAAAGAUGCACUUCAUCAGGGAUAUUAUCGCUCAAGGUGAUGUAAGUGUGAAGAAGAUCUGUACUAAUAAGAAUCAUGCUGAUAUAUUAACCAAGGUUGUUCCGGUUAAGAAGUUUGAGGAAGCGGUGGACUUCCUUGGGAUGUCUGAACACUGA